AACAAUAGUCUUAUCUGUUAUACACUUACACACUUAAUGGUGUGCAUAUAUUACUGACAUUUAGUAAGUAAACAUGGAAACGCUUUAAUAAUGUAUUUGCAGUGUGUGUUCAUAGUGACAAUUUGCCUUUGUGGUGUGUAUAACAUCAGAUUGUGCCCCACAGGCGGGUGGUUUUACCAUGGACAUUGCUAUGACUUCCAUAAUGAAAGUUAUGCGACUUUUACACAGGCACAGGAAAGAUGCGUUCGUGACGGAGGUAACUUGGUUCACGUUAACAAUGCUGAGGAAAACGCCUUUCUUGUUGAACAUGUGAAGCACCUCCGUCCCAUAAACAGCUGGUGGAUCGGCCUUUGGUACAAAGACACGGAAGGAGAAUUCUCCUGGAUAGAUGACCAAUCUUAUAUCACAUAUCAAGACUUCAGCGCUCACCAGCCUGAUGACCAUGGCAGUCAACAUAACGAGGAUUGUGUCCUCAUUUGGCACAAGGCAAACUGGACAUGGAACGAUGCCAAGUGCAGCUCACAAUAUCACUUCGUCUGUGAAAAAGGAUCAGUUACAGACUUGGUUGGGUAGACUGACAUAUCGGUCAAGAAUGCUUUAUUUGUAUUCACCUUAGGAAAUAAAUGGUAACCA